UUCUGAGACAGUCUCCCUUGGCUAGCGCAAUUGCGCCGUCACCCCAGCACUUCACUCCAGCAUGAAGACCGCCGUGCUCGCCUCCGCGGCCGCCGCCGUCUCCGCCACGCCCUGGAGCGGCAGCCUGUACGUCGACACGGCGCCGCCGACGCCACGCCCGUACGUGCUGCCCAAGCUGUCCGGGCAAGCCGUGUCCAUCGGCAGCCAGAUCUACCGCUUCGCCGUAACCGGCAACUCGUCAGGCGGCGCCUUUACGCUGAUGAACACGCACGCGCCCGACUCGCCCGCCCUCGGCGUCCUGCCGCACAUCCACCGCCGCCACUACGAGAACUUCUACUGCGCCAAGGGCCGCGUCAACCUCUGGGCCGCGCGCAACGAGACGGGCCACCACGCCCGCGAACUCUCGCCCGGCGAUUAUGGCGCCGUGCCCCCCGGCACUACCCACACGUUCCAGAUGACGGACCCGGACACGCAGCUCACGGGCGUCAUCGCCCCCGGCGGCUUCGAAGAACUCUUCAUCGCCAUCGGCGACGGCGCGUACGCCUCCCCCACGGGAGCGGAAUUCGUGCCGGCAGCCGCGCCGGGCCCGCCUCCGGGCACGAACAACAGCGGGCCGGGGGCAGCCGGCCCUCCCCCAGGCAUGAUCUCGCAGCUGCAGUCCUUCGACGUGUUCGCGCAGCUCGACUUCCAGCCGCGCCAAGACAUGGUCAACGGCAGCGCACCCGUAGACGCGACCUGGCACACGGGCUCCUCAGCGCAGGCACUAGCGCCGAGCCCGCGCGCGCCCGCCUUCGUCGCCAAGAACCGCGGCCCCAAGUUCCUGCACGCCCCGGCCGGCGCGUCCGCGUACCAGCUCGUUGCGCCGCUGUCGCGGGCCGCGCACACGCGCGCCAACUUCAGCAUGGGCACCAUCACGAUGAGCGCGCCGUUUGCGAACGCGUCUGCAACGUCUCCUUCGUCACUGACGCUCCCCCAGCCCGUGGCGUUCCAGCUCGAGGAGGGCGAGCUGCACGUCUCGGUCGGGAAGAAUGCCUCCGCCCGCCUCAUCCAGGGCGACGUGCUGUUUGUGCCGGCGGGGACAGAGUUUUCGUAUACCGCUACUCGCCCGUUCACGCGCUGGCUGUAUGUCACUGGCGGUGGGGAGGGGAGUCUGGACGAGCUGCUGAUUGCGCAGGGCAAGCGCUGGGACUGGGCGUCGUAUCCGGUUGCGCCGGGCGUGGUGGUGCAGGGCUAGGGGGGCGGGGGCAGGGGGAGAGGGAGGGGCAGCGUAAUGCUGUGAUGUGAUAAUAUCGAUGCGAUGCGAUGUGAUGGAAAACUAGCUAAUAACUAUACAUGAUCUCGG